CUCGGGUUCAGGGUUUACAACACAGUUGGGGCUAAUUUCCGCUCGGUUGGCCGUUCACGUUAAGGAGCCCUGAACUUUUCUCAGCCGACAGCCGUCGUCAUGUCUAACAACAAUGCUAGCAACAACUUAAUUAUCGCUCAGAGGGCCGUGAAGCAGCUCCGGUUAGAGGCCAGUUUCCGGAGGAUCAAGGUGUCCCAGGCUGCUGCUGAGCUGAAGAACUUCUGUCUGCAAAAUGCCUCCAAGGACCCCCUGCUGGUCGGGGUCCCCUCCAGCGAUAAUCCCUUUAGACCCCCCAAGUCCUGCUCUCUGUUCUGAGUCUCCAGCAGAAGGAAAGGUGGAGGAUUUGUUCUGAGGCUUUCUUCACUUCUAUGAUGUCGCUGUGAUCCAGCAGCUCCUCUUGGGAUGAUGCAACAUGGGACCGAACGGUUCGGGGGAGGGAACUGCUCCACUUGUUUUUGCCAAAUUUAAUGGUACCAUAACUCCGAUCUGUUACAUUAAAGUAGGGCCAAAUCUACAUGUUCAAAAAAUUGUUAUUGACACUAACUUGAUUAAUCAUUAAGCCAUUGUUGGUUUACCUAGUACUUAACAUGUCCGGUCUCUAUUUCCUCACCUAAUGGUGCCCCGUGUCCAGUCAGUGAAAUUCAACCCAUGUGAUUGGCUCAGAAUGUGCAACUUCCUCUUGUAUUUAAUGUGGCAGGUCAAACAUUAAUUUAAACCAGGUGCUGUUCACCAAUCAGAACAUGUCGUGUUAUAAAUACACCGUAUUGUAUUUUGUGUCUUUAAAAACACUAACUGUGUAUGUGGCCAACAGACAUGCUGGUAGCUUCGGAGCUAAAUUGAUUGGUGUUUUAAACGAUCAGUGUAUUUGUGGCAAUUGUAAAGGUAUUAAAACUUUUCUAAGGUACAGCAACAUGCUACAGACUUUAACCCUAUCAGUGCAGGGCAUGUGAUUGUCCUUUAACCCAUUUUUUCUGUAUAUAUUUAACAGCCUGUUAAGGUUGCUUUUGUUAGCCUCUAUGUUUCUGUCUUUAUUUAAAAAAGCACAUCAAGGCCUUACACUGUUUGGAUAGCAAAACCUCGUAGUAAAUUUCAACCCUCUCUCCAAAAAAAAGACGUUCCUAUACAAAAACAACUACAUUUUUAAUUGCAUUUUGAGGGAAACUUAUCAUGGUUAAUGUGAAUUUGAUAAUAAAACUAUUUGGUUAGGUUUGGUAAAAGAUCAUGGUUUAGCCUAAAGUACGUAAAUACUUAUGUUAUGUAACCUUCCAUACAUACGUAGAUUAAGUACGUCACAUAUGUGACACAAGUUAAAUACUUCACUUAAGUUGUAAUAAGUCAGUUUUUAUUUGACUUUGAUGUGAAACAUAUUUGUCAUACGACAAUUAUAAUAAUAAUCCUCAAAACACGACUUUUUUUUUGCAGUUUUGUUGUAUGGGAACUUCAUUUUAAGGAGAACAGGGUGCAAAUUUAAUAUAAGUCACUUUAGAUACACAAAUGGCCAAACAGCAAAUGUUAAUAUAUCUUUUCAAAACUUUUAAAUAUUGUUUGUAUUAAAUGAAUCGUGCUGCAGUGACUUGUUGCAUAAAUCAUUUUCCAUACUGGGAUCAUAUUCCAAUCAACCAAAACUUUUACUACUGUUAGCCUGUAUCUUUCUUAACUUUGCUACUGUGGGCAACCUUUUAAAAAUUAAACUACUUUUUCGGACUCUGA